AUGUCUAAACCUGAAACUCGUGUUUCUGCGAACAACACACCGGUUCCUCCAGAGUCGGAUCCACCAGCUCAACUGACUCUUGACGAAGGCGGCGACAAUGCUGGUGUGAUUAUCCCCGAAGACCCGAAGAGGUACCAGGUCUGGAGAAUUUCAGGGCCGUCGGCACACUUUUCUAACCCUCGCCUUGAAUGCAGCUUACAGAUGACGACGAGUCGGCACUUGGAAGCCGUAACAAGCUCGGUUUUGGACUACCGGCUUGAGAAUGGACGGACCUACCACGCGUACAAGAACGGCAAUUUGGAGCAAAACAUGUUCCUCCGAACUUUUGGCAACCGGCUUGGACCUGCCCCGCCAAACGAAGAGAAGUCGAACGUAGGACGCGUUCUUGAUUCGGGUACAGGCACUGGCAUCUGGGCAACUGAUUUCGGCGAAGAACACCCUGACGCUGAGGUUAUCGGCGUCGAUCUUUCUGUUACUUGGCCAAAUUAUAUGCCUACGAACGUGAGGGUUGAGAUUGAUGACCUCGAGGAGCCGUGGAUCUUUUCUCAGCCCUUGAACUACAUACACAGUCGAAACAUGCAGGCGGUAAUCAUCGAUUGUGCCAGUUACAUCAAGAAGUGCUAUGACAACCUUGCUCCUGGUGGGUAUCUUGAGGUGAACGAGGUCGACCUCUUCCCGCAGUCAGACGACGGGACUCUCAAAGACGACUCUGCAAUCUUGGAGUCGACUCGGUUGAUCCAUGAAUGUUCAACUAUCUUUGGACGCUCGCCUCUGAAGCUGGAGGACCUGGCUGAAAUCAUGACCAGUGUGGGCUUCGAGGACGUCACAGCCCAGAAAUUCAAAUGGCAUACGAACUCGUGGCCUAAGGAUGCGCACUACAAGGAGUUGGGUGCAUGGUGCCAUGAUAACCUCGUAGCUGGAUGGGAGGGUGUUUCCAUGGCACCUUUCACCAGAGCGCUGAAUUGGUCCAACAAGGAGGUCAUUGUAUUCAUGGUUGAUGUGCGCAAGGAGCUUGCCAACAAGCAGAUCCAUGCAUACUUCUCAGUAUGGUCGGUCUAUGGCAGGAAGUCCAGUACGCCAAAAUCGCCUACUGUCGCUUGA